GGCUAAAUGUCUGAGGCGAAAGAAGAUUUGAAAUGCAGAACGUGUCCCACUUCAUCCAAAUUAACUUUACAUGAUGCAUCCCUUUUUUUACAAAAAUGUUGUUGACUAGACGCAUCAUGGGAGUUUGAGUUCUUGUGCCUUGAUGUGAUGUCGUCACAUUGACGAUGUGACGAUACUUUAUUACAGAACUGAGUUCUGCAGUGAAAAUGUGUAGUUAUGAAUCAAUCUUGCCAUAUUGGUAACAUUUUCUGUCCUCAAGAAGAGUUCGUAUGACGACACACACAUGUUUCGAAGUCCAAAUCCCCAAUCGUCCAUUCAGUCUCACCUGUUGGAUUGGAUUGAAUGAUUCCAACAACAUGUCAGAUAGAAACACGAGUGUGCAAACCAAUCUACAAUGCCCCCUGGUUUAUUUAAGCAGGCUACACCACGGUAGGUGACCCACAGAAAGGGACAGCUAAUGAGAAUCAUCUUGUGGUUUGCUUUUAGGUAUCGACUCCGUUAGAAGCCCCUGGAAGCCGGGCUCUGGCCAGAAGUAGUGUACUAUGUAGGGAAUAGGGUGCCCUUUGGGACCUAAUCCUGUGUUUCAUGUCUAACCAAUCCCCUCCCUUGGCCCCUCUGUGAUGCAGGUCACCUCGAAGGUUGCAGUGCUGUUCAUCACUGUCCAAUACAACGUUACCAUCUCUGCAAAUGAAGGCCUAUCAGAGGAGAGCGUGGUGAACCACUUCCACCACGGGCUGAAGGAUCUGGCUACGAUCUUCUUCUACAUGCUGGUGGCCAUCAUCAUCCACGCUAUCAUCCAGGAGUAUGUACUGGACAAGAUCAACCGAAAGAUGCACUUCUCUAAGACCAAGCACAGCAAGUUCAACGAGUCGGGCCAGCUCUCUGUCUUCUACCUGUUCUCCUUCGGAUGGGGAACCAGCAUCCUCAUGUCUGAGAAUUUCCUGUCCAACCCAGUGAGUCUGUGGGAUGGAUACCCUCAUACCCUGAUGCCGUUCCAGAUGAAGUUCUAUUUUAUCAGUCAGAUGGGCUACUGGCUUCACGCUCUCCCCGAGCUCUACUUCCAGAAGACCAAGAAAGAGGAUAUUCCCCGUCAGUUGGUGUAUAUCGCUCUGUACUUAGUCCACAUCGCAGGAGCCUACAUCCUCAAUCUGAAUCGUCUGGCUCUGGUCCUGCUGGUGUUGCACUGCUUCGUAGAGCUUCUCUUCCACGUGUCCCGUCUGGUCUACUUCAGCAACGAGAGGAGACAGACUGGGUUCACCAUCUGGGCGGUGCUGUUUGUCCUCGGACGGCUGCUCACCCUGUCCCUGUCUGUCCUGACUGUGGGCUUCGGCCUGUCCAACGCUGAUCAACAGGGACUGGACCUGGUCAACGGAAACUUCAACGUGCUCCUAGUUCGGAUCGCUGUGCUAGCUACCAUCUGUGUGACUCAAGCAUUCAUGAUGUGGAAAUUCAUCAACUUCCAGCUGAGGAGGUGGAGAGAGCAGGCCCAGCCCCAGGCCCUGAAACCCAAGAAGCUCCAAGCGCCCAAGACCAAGUCCAAGAAAGACAAAGCCAAUGGAGUGAACGGAGUGAGUUCCAACGGAGCCGAUUCGCCGAGAGCAAAGAAAGAGAAGUCUUCGUAAACUACCCCCCCCUCCCCUCCCCUCCCCUCCCCUCCCCUCCCGUCCCCUCCCCUCCUCUCUCUCAGUUCCUCCAACCGAACCCCGUUUUUCUCCUGUCCCCUUCAAGCAGCAUCCAGCCUUCUCAUUCCACUGCUCUAUAUGCUGUCUAUUGCCUAAUCCCAAAUCCACCCCUAGACCCUUGUAGAGAUCUAAGAGGAUAUGAUUGAUUCAAGCAAUAUGGUGAAACUUCCACCUAGCAUAUCAGACGGCCGGUUGGAACUAAGCCCAUAUUGAUUACACCUGUCAUAUCAUCUCAGAUCCCCUCAAGGGUCUAGGGUCUAGGGGUUCAUUUGGGACUGUUCAUCUACUACAGCUACUAAAGGAGGACAACUCCUUCCGACGGGACUACAAGAUCCAGAAUGCAUCUUGGCUUCACCUGGUUGUUGCCGAUCUCCAGCGCUGACCCAGAACCAUUGUGACACUGCCGUGUGUGACCCAGAAUCAUUGUGACACUGCCGUGUGUCACAGCAAAAGAAAACCAUGAAAGAACACAUCUAACAAAGAGCUUAUUUAAAAGUGCCUAUUCAUAGACUGUACAGGAUGUGCAGAUUUAAAAUGUCAGGAAUGAUAUAAACUCAGUGUUUCAGUAAACCCCCCCCCCCCCCCCCCCAAGCCAGAGAUGUUAUUUAUCAGACUGUGUCCUGUGACGUGUUCUGUUUCUUUAACAAAAGGUCUUCUUGAUUCAGUCCCGUUUAUUUGGAAGCGCCUGAGGAGAAAUGCACCUGCUGACCUUCUAUUUUAAAUGACCUCAUUUCCUUUCUUUUUCUUUUUCUCCCUUCAUCAACGCAGACAGCUUUCUGGAAUUGAUAGGUUUAAUUGGUUCAAUGGAAUGGAUAGGUUUAAUUGGUUCAAUGGAAUGGUUGAAUUGGUUCAAUGGAAUUGAUAUGUUUAAUUGGUUCAAUGGAAUGGUUUAAUUGGUUCAAUGGAAUGGUUUAAUUGGUUCAAUGGAAUUGAUAGAUUUAAUUGGUUCAAUGGAAUUGAUAGAUUUAAUUGGUUCAAUGGAAUUGAUAGAUUUAAUUGGUUCAAUGGAAUUGAUAGAUUUAAUUGGUUCAAUGGAAUGGAUAUGUUUAAUUUGUUCAAUGGAAUGGAUAUGUUUAAUUGGUUCAAUGGAAUUGAUAGAUUUAAUUGGUUCAAUGGAAUGGAUAUGUUUAAUUGGUUCAAUGGAAUGGAUAUGUUUAAUUGGUUCAAUGGAAUGGUUUAAUUGGUUCAAUGGAAUUGAUAGAUUUAAUUGGUUCAAUGGAAUUGAUAGGUUUAAUUGGUUCCACCAUAUUGUUUUAACCUACCAGUUUGUGUGCUUCUCAAAUGGCACCCUAUUCCCUACAUAGUGCUCCACUAUUGACCAGAGAUGUAUGGCCUUGGUCAAAAGUAGGGCACUACAUAGGGAAUAGGGUGCAAGUUGAGUCGCAGACAUUCUCUCAGGACGCUGGCAGUGAGAAUGAAGGAACGGGAAUGAGGAUAGGAAGCCAUUCUAGAGUAUUGUGAUUGUUGCUUUUCAAGCCUUUUGAUUUGGUGCUGUAAAAAAGGCCUGAACCCUGUUUAAUGCAUCCUGUGGCCUUUCCUUUGCUGAAGUAACCACUGAUCUAACAAGGUUGGAUAGGGCCGUUUACCCCUCCAAACCCAGUCAAUGGCAGGAUCAGUGGUCACUGUGUGAAGGGAGAAAUUAAUUAUUGGUUUUGCAUUCCAAAUGACACCCUAUUCCCUAUAUAGUGCACAAGAGCCACUAUGGGAUCAGGUCAAAAGUAGCACACUACAUAGCGUAUAGGGUGCUAUUUUAGGACGCACUCCUUAGUGGAAAAAUGGUUGCCGUUGGCGAUUGGCUGCCUUCAUUCGAGAGCCUGAAAAGCCCAAAAAUCUGUAGUUUUAAUAUAAGUGAUGAGGAUCCUAUCACAGAGGUUAUUAGAUGACAUAUUUAGUAUUAUUAAUAUUAGUGGUAUUUUCUUUGUUGGAGAAUAUGGCAUUGAGGCCUACUUUGGGGGUCAACAACCCGAGUGGUUUGUGUUUUGUCGCUGUCUGUUUCAAAUGGCAACCUAUUCUCUUUUGACCAAGGGCCUUGGUCAAAAGUAGUGCUCUAUAUCAAGGGAAUAGGGUGCCAUUUGGAAAUGAACCGCUGUAUUUUUGUCUCCUUUGAACAUGUCCAUGGAAUAUAAUUUGAUGUUAUGAAUAAGGAAAUGUUGUGUUCUGUUUUAUUCCCUCCUUUACUUUAACUGAACGUGCCAAAUCAGAGCUGACAGGAUCUUUCUUUCCUUUAACAUGCUCACUCGUUGCCAUUAAAUAAUUUACACGGAAA